UCUUUCUCUCUCUGGAAAUCGUACGCCCACCAACGCACACGGCACACUUCUCUAAAGUCCCGCCCCCUGCCUCUUUCACGAGACGCACUCGCCAAACCGUUUUUCCGUUCUUCCCAUUUUCCCCACUAUUGCUUUCCCCUCGGAUGCUCCAUCCUCGUCAACCUCUGCUUCAAUGAAGUUCUCUUGCUUCUUCAUCAUUCCCUCCGCUCUCCAAGUUUAGCUUCCUUCUUGGCUUCAGAGUUCAUACCCAUUACUCGAUUUGCUGCGGAAAUCCCGCUUUCUCUCGCUUUUGGAGCUUCAGAUUCUUGUUUCUUGGACCCCCUGAAGAUGGAAAAGAAGCAGGGUUUCUUCUCGGCUUUGAAGGAAGAGGUAGUUCGUGGUUUGUCACCGUCGCGUUCUCGGGCUAGCAGUCCGGGGAGAACCGGUUCACCCAUUUCGGGUCUUCUUCGGAGAAAAAAGCAUAGCAACCAAAGCAACUUAGCAGUCAGCCCCGACUCGUCGAUCGGAAGAUCCGGUAGUAUGAGGCCGUUGGGAGAGACCCUGACGCCGUUGAUAGAGGGUCCGGAGCAGAACGGCGGGGAAAACGGGGAUGCAAAGAGAGUCGGGUCGGGUAUUGGGCACUGGAUGAAGGGUCAGCUGUCUCGGGCUCCUUCACCAGCCUCAACGUCCUUCAAGAGGUCUGAUCUGAGGCUUCUUCUUGGUGUGAUGGGUGCUCCUCUCGCUCCUGUUCAUGUUAGCGCCACUGACCCGUUGCCUCAUCUCAGCAUCAAGGACACUCCCAUUGAAACUUCAUCUGCCCAGUACAUAUUGCAGCAGUACACAGCUGCUUCUGGGGGCCAGAGGCUGCAGAACUCUAUUCGGAAUGCCUAUGCAAUGGGUAAGGUGAGAAUGGUAGCUUCUGAGUUUGAAACUGCCACAAGAGUAGUGAAGAAUCGGAAUGCCUCUAGGUGCGCCGAGUCUGGUGGAUUUGUGCUCUGGCAGAUGAAUCCCGAUAUGUGGUAUGUAGAGCUCGCAGUUGGGGGAAGUAAGGUUCAUGCAGGUUGUAAUGGCAAGCUUGUUUGGAGGCACACUCCUUGGCUCGGUGCUCACACAGCCAAGGGACCUGUGAGACCAUUGCGUCGUGCACUUCAGGGUCUUGACCCUAGAACCACUGCCAGUAUGUUUGCGGAUGCAAGAUGCAUAGGGGAGAAGAAGAUAAAUGGUGAGGAUUGCUUCAUCCUUAAGCUCUGCACUGACCCUCAAACAUUGAAGGCUCGGAGUGAAGGCCCUGCAGAGAUCAUAAGGCACGUCUUAUUUGGCUACUUCAGCCAAAAGACCGGACUUCUGGUUCACAUAGAGGAUUCUCAUCUGACUCGAAUUCAAUCUAAUGGGGGUGAUGCAGUUUACUGGGAAACCACAAUCAAUUCGUUCCUGGAUGAUUAUAGGCCUGUGGAAGGCAUCAUGAUUGCCCACUCUGGCCAUUCUGUUGUUACUCUUUUCAGGUUCGGGGAGAUGGCAAUGAGCCAUACCAAAACGAAAAUGGAAGAAGCAUGGACAAUCGAAGAGGUUGCAUUCAACAUUCCUGGUCUCUCAUUAGAUUGCUUCAUUCCCCCGGCUGAUCUGAGAACUGCUUCUAUCAGUGAAGCAAGUGAGCUUCCCCAGGAUGAAAAAGGGAAGAACUCACUCACAGUAUACCGAGCCAAAGUUGCUGCGCUGGAGAAGUCGCAAGAUUGCAGCAUCAACAAUAUGACGUGGAAGAUGGAAGUCUAACCAAGGGAUAGGAUUGAAGAAGUCAAAACAAUUGUUCAUAGAAGUAUAUGACCACUAACACUGUUAGUAGAAGUUAGGGUAGGUGUCCAGUUGGUUCUUCCAUGAAACUUUGUUUAUGCCUCUAUUUAAUCUGUAAAUGGAGCAUAAAAAUUCACUGGUUUCACUUCACCCAGGUGAUGAGGGUGAUGACCAAAGUGAAUCUUUAUUCUCAAUGCAGAAUCCAACUAUGGAGUUGGAGCUCGGUUUUCCCAGUAGGAAUAGAGCAAAUGGAGGUUGAGUUUUAGUUUGCCUUCCAUGAAUGAGAGAAGGUGGUAUAGCAGAAACGUUAUAAGCUUUUGUUACUUUACAACUUCUAGUUCAGUUUAUGUGUCGGUGGUGGUAAUAUUAAAGAGGCUGCCAUAGACAACAAUGAGAUUGAGUUGACACUAACAACUAGGUUGGUUAACUCUAGUUCUGAAGAAUUUGCUAAUGUUUCAAUGUUUUAGUACGCAGUGUAGUUGUUUAUGCCUUUCUGGGUUUGGAAAGUUCAAUGUGGUGGUGUUUUUUUAAUUUUUUUGCCUAUAAUUUUGACAUGGUGUUUUGGAUAGCUGAGAUAAUGGAUUCAGCGUUUGUCUUGUGC